AUGACGACGAACCUGCUUAAUAAUAAUUUACCUCACUUACCUGAAAGUGCAAAUACAACGCUUUUGAAAGAUGCAUUUUAUCAACACGUGCAAGCUACUGUGCAACUGACAAAAGUAGCUUUGGCACUGGAAUGGACGGUGUUUACUCGGUUUACAGUGGGAGUGGUAGUAGCCACUUUCUUGUCUAUUGUGUAUUUGAUGUUUACUCUUCGACACACUCGUAGACCACUUGUGAUUUGGGAGAAGUUGAAUAAGCCCAUCAUCAAGCUGUUCCGACCGAGAUUAUUUGCUUUUCUAUUAGGCGGCAUGAAUCCAUAUACAACAUCCAUUGAUAUGACUAUCACAACGUUAUCCAAAGGAUUUUGCACAGGAUUUAUGCGGGUAAUUUAUAACUGCCAUUUUAGCCUUCAUGCUACAGCACUUGCUACAUUUGCCGAAUCUGUGGGUGAAUUGGCUUUAUUGAGCAGCUUAAAGGACGAUAUAUCAGAUACAGAUUUGGUCUCAUUGAAAAUUGAUUUCAAAAAGAAAGCAAGAGGAUUGAUCGCAGCUUCCACCGAGUUCUGCUUACCUGAACAAGGAGAUCAAGACAGUGAGAAUUCACCUUCAAAGCUAAAAAUGAAUGUGGUCCUGAAAGACCGAACGCUAGAGACAGUAGCGGUAGCUCACCUUAUUUGGCACAUCGCGCACCACAGUAGUCAUUAUCACAAAUCAGAACAGUAA